AUGCGGCCGCCAUCUUGGUCCGGUCGUCCUCCUCACUCUGCUCCGCUGUUUAACAGGCGCAAUGAAAUCCACAUCGCCGUUUCCUGCAUCUACCCGAAGAAAGCCAACCUGACUCUGGGGUUCCGGCACAAGAACCCGUACGCCUUCAGCCAGAGUGGCUUCGGCAGCUUCAGCUUCCAGUUCGAGUUCUUCCAGAGCCAGCUCUUCAGACGGCAGGUGGAGGGCAGCAGCUACCCGGUGGAGGUGUCCCUCAAGCAGAUGGUCUACAUGCAGAUCCAGGCCUCCUCCUCCAUCCCCGACACCCAACUGUUCGUGGAGUCCUGCAGGGCCACGCCCUACGACAACCCCGAGUCCCGCGUCAGCUACACCAUCAUGGAGGACGGGUGCGUGAGGGAUCCCACCGUGCAGGUCUACCCCGGACCCGGGUCCGUCUUCCAGUUCGGGAUGGAGGCUUUUGAGUUCAUCGGCGCUCACGAUGAGGUCUACAUCACCUGCUCGGUACUCCUGUGCCAGAGCGGCAUGCCGAACACCCGCUGCUCUCAGGGAUGCCUGGAACCAGGAAGUGGUCGCAGCAGGAGGGAGGCCGGGGCUCAGACCAACAGCCACUUCAUUUCCCAGGGUCCUUUGCGCCUGAGGGCUCCUCACAGCGAAGGCUCCAUCCCGACCCUGAACCUGGUCUCCAUGCUGGUCCUGUUUGCCGGCGGCCUCCUGGCAUGCGGGGCGGGGUUCUUCAGAUCCAGAAGGACCCCGAUCAAGUACCACCUACUGGUCAUCUCCGAGACCGACCAGCCAGAACAUUAGGACCACGGGCCCGAUCUGCCCGGACUCCUGCCGCCCCCUGCAGGUGGUCUCCUGUGGUACCAGACCAGGCGGUCCUUCAGGGACCAGACUGUCUCUUCUGCACAUCCCACAAAUGCUCCAGCUGGACUCCAAGCUGGUUCUCCUGGUCCUCAGAGAACUCUUGAAUUAUUUAUUAGUUAUUUAUGAGAUUCCAGGAUCUUUGUGGUUUUUAAUCCACUCAUCUCGUCAGCUGUUCAGACCUUCCAGUGUUUUUUUGUGGUUGUUGUAUUUAUUGUUGUGUCGCUCUGGUGUGUAAUGUUCCCACUUCCCACUGGGAAGUUCCCAGAAAACGAUUUCAAAUGUGAUUAAGUGUUGUUUAUGCUGUGAGUCGACAUUCAGGAUGUCUACACUGCAAAAAAAAUUUACUGAAUUGUGGUAUCACACAUCCUUCAGUCAUCUUGCAAUGACUGGAGCUUUUAGCCAGGGGGUUGUGUCAUCAGAUGGUUACCAACGAUCCUCAAGUGUUUCGACCCUGAACCAUAACACUCUCCUGUUGGCGGGUCAGCAGUGGUGGCCAGCCACUACUCACUUCCCCCUGGCUGCCAGCUCAGUUCCUCUCCUGGACCUCACCUCUGCCUUUGAUACAGUGGACCACAAGAUCUUGCUUUCUCGCCUCGAAAACCUGGGCAUCAAAGGUACAGUCCUGGAGUUUUUCCAUUCCUACUUGUCUGGUAGGACCUUCUCUGUUCAACUGGGAGACUUCACCUCUUCUGCAGCCCCCCUCUCCUGUGGGGUGCCACAAGGUUCCAUCCUAGGCCCUAUUUUAUUUAUCCUGUAUAUUCUGCCCUUAGAAGAUAUCAUAAAAAAGCACAAUAUCUCCUUCCACUGCUAUGCAGACGAUAUCCAGCUGUAUCUCCCCUUUAAGGCCGAUGACCCCACUGCUCUCCAGCCUUUGCAAAACUGCCUGUCGGACAUUAAGGCUUGAAUGUCAGCGAAUUUUCUCUUCCUCAACGAGGAGAAGACAGAGGUCAUUGUGUUUGGCAAAACCCCUUCAGCACUUAACACCAACACCCUGGGUUCUCUCGCCAGUAACUCUAAGCCAGCGGUUAAGAAUCUGGGUGUGAUCUUAGACAGUUCUUUUAAGUUUGAGCAGCAGAUUAGUGCAGUUGUCAAAAGAAGCUUUUUUAACCUGAGGACCCUGGCAAAGAUUAAAGCGUACCUUCCCCAGGCAGGGUUAGAGCAGGCCCUCCACGCCUUUGUCACAUCCCACCUGGAUUACUGCAAUAGUCUAUACACCGGCAUAGGAAAAGCCCAACUUCACCGCCUGCAGUUAGUCCAGAACGCGGCCGCUCGACUCCUCACCUGCACUAGAAAACACGAUCACAUUACUCCGGUUCUUGCUUCCCUCCACUGGCUCCCCAUCCGCUACCGCAUUGAUUUUAAAAUUCUCUUAACAGUCUUUAAAUCUCUGCACCACCUUGCCCCACCGUACCUGGCUGAUCUUCUCCUCCCUUUCACCCCGACCAGAGCGCUACGGUCGGCUGACCACCGCCUUCUUGUCAUCCCCAGGUCGAGGUUGAAAACUAGGGGGGACAGAGCUUUUUCUAUAGCGGCCCCUCGACUCUGGAACUCUCUUCCCCCCCACAUCCGAGCAGCCGAGUCCGUAGGGAUUUUCAAAUCUCACUUGAAGACGUACCUCUUUUCGCUGGCCUUCAACUAGGUCUUAGUUUGCUUUUCUGAUUCUUUUUAUGAAUUUUUAUGCACUUUUUAUGUCUUUUUUUUU